GGAAGAAUCCUCCCCAGAUAAGAAUAUUUUAAAGUAAAAAUUAACCGUGUCUCUCUGAUCAAAGAGGAUUUUUGUUUGGCCUGGGUUAAGAAAAUCAAUCAGCCUGAAAGUGUCUCCUGGAGUGCUUCACUGGAGCYGCUGGCACGCGGAAGCAGCGAUCCCAAAGUAUGAGGAAGAGUCUGGAAUGAGCUGAAGACAGCGCUGCCUUCCAGCCCUAAAUGAGUACCAAGCUCCUGAUUGCCAAGUGCAAUUAAAUCUUUGUCUCCUUCCAGCCCYAGCCUGGGCUGGGUCCUCUCACACACCUGGAAUGUUUUGUUCCCRGUGGGAACAGCAGCAGCUCCUGCGGUGCUGUUUGGACAGAGCAUUUCUUGUGGCCUGUGAAACCCUGUGAGUGAAGUGCUCUGACUCAGGACCAGCGCUCAGCUUCUUACUGCCAGUCAACAGCUUUCCCUGGGAGGCUUUUUUUCCCUUAAAAUCCAUUAAAAGGGGGGAAAAACAGGUGAAGAACCCGCGGGUUCAAGCACUUCUUAAAGCAGCUGGAAKCUGUGGAGGAGAGGAGGCAGCUGGGGUUGGGAGCCAUCAGUGCCACCCACACCUGAGACUGGGGUACAAGGUACCAGGACAGGUGCCUACAGCUGUGACGUGGGAUGCCAUGGCCAGCUCCUCGGACAGUGAYGAUGAUGGCUUCAUGGCCGUGGAUCCAGAGGACACCGUGGUGGAAGGGACGAUGGAGCAGGAGGAGGAGCCRCACGUUGAGCCGGAGGUGGAGGAGCCCAGGCACAACAGAUCGAUGCUGGAGCUGCCAGAGGAGGUUUUGGAAUAUAUCCUGUCCUUCCUCUCUCCCUACCAGGAGCACAAGACUGCCGCCCUCGUAUGCAAGCAGUGGUAUCGACUGAUCAAAGGCGUGGCCCAUCAAUGCUACCACGGCUUCAUCAAGGCAGUGCAGGAGGGGAACAUCCAGUGGGAGAGCCGCACUUACCCCUACCCCGGUACGCCCAUCACGCAGCGCUUCUCUCACAGUGAGUAUCUAUGGCUGGGAAAUGCUCUGGCAGUGCCCCACACGCCCCUCGCUGCCAGCGUGUGACCCACAGCUCUGCCA